AUGAAGAAUAAUGUUACUAUUGUAGAUAGUUCCCUGAUCAAUUCGCCAACAUACACCAGUGAAUGGAGAACUUUGACAGCACAAAGCGGCGCGAACGGGUCGGAAACCACUUUUACCUACGAUCUCAAAGAACUUCCGGUUAAAGUAGAUGUGCAGGUUAAGGUCACUGAAAAUGGUAAUGACUAUAUAUUCACGGGCUUUGGUUCUGCACAACGUGAUGACGACACCGACACUUAUUACGGCGGAGUGAUAUAUUCUUACAACGAGGCGUUUACACGGGUUCUCCUACCCAGCUUUAACGAGGGAUACUCUGGGGCUGUUUUUACCACCAAAGGAUCAGCCGCCUACACAGGAGGGACAGGGUACACUGGAUCCAAGCGAAUCGGUGGACGGUACAAUACCGUUGACGUCAGAGUUAGAGUGUGGCUGAUGUGUGACUUCGGCGAUCCAGCUUUCCAGUAUGAAUGGGUCGAUCUAGAUCAAAACACCCACUACAAAGAAAUACAGCACAAACUUGGGACGUACCCCGACCUAGUGACAGUGCAGACACUCUGCGUCGGCUCUUCGCCUUCUAUGUACUCGGAUGCUCAAGGCACUGUAUACUAUGGGACCGGGAUAGAUCCCUUCGUUAGUAUUGGAGGUGUCAUAUUUGGGUACAAUGCCAACGCCAUACGCCUCUGGUCACCGAGCAGAAGUACGAUGGAGGAUACUGGAAAAAACUCGGCAAUUUGUAAUAGCUACGACGGUUGGGGAAGUAACGAACACUCUUAUUCGGGAAGUGGACGUGUUCGCAUACUGAUGUGGAUAUUUCCAUCCCCAUUCCGGGUGUUCAUGACGGCAAUGACCAUGGCUCAAGGGCAAAACAACACAUAUGAAGUUGACUUUCUACAGCAGUAUAACUCAGGCAACUACCUAAUUGUCGUAGAUGUAACCGUUAACAACGGAAAUAACGAUGGUUUCCGGUUUGUGGCGGCUGGAAACAGCCAGACAGAUGGAACUAAAGGUCAAUAUGGUGGUAUCAUCUACGUGUACACAAACGAGACACUUCUGUUGUGGCGACCGUCAGACCUGUACAACGGUAAAAUCGUGUUCAUUGGAGGUAUCUGGGGAGGCGGUAUUUACCAACAAUCUUCUACCUCUGGCAAAGUCAUAAUACGUAUCUAUAAUACGUCCGCCACAGACAACGGACCAUGCGUUCCUGGGAUCUGUACACGGCCUGUAGAUAGUAACAACGUUAAGUGUUCCUGUCCCAACACACACAGCGGAUUAUACUGCCAAAUAUUAGAUAAUACAACAACAACCCCUCUACAAAAUGAGUCAGCACUUACAAAUUAUACUACAUCUUCGACUCAGUUCACUUCGCAUACGGAAACCACAGCUCUAACCACUACUAACGCUAUACCAAAGGAUUUCACUUCUUCAACGAUAUCAGACAUCAAAGCGUUUUCGAGUGCCCUAGUUACAACUUAUCUGGGAUUGCCUUCUAUUUCCUCCUCUGUAUCAGGAAGUGAAACUUCAACUGCAACUCCCACCCCAGCAACGCGGCAAUGCGAUAACCCUACAGCUGUUGCAAAUGCCAAAGUGCUGCAUAAUGGUACAUCGAGCGGGUGUGUGGCACUGUAUUCCUGUAUCGGCGGGUAUUUCGUGGCAUCGGGGGAUAUCGAACAUUAUUGUCUGUUUGGCAUAUGGCAAGGACAAUUACCCGUUUGUUCAGUCUGCACAUUAUCACAUCCGUCGACUUUGACCCCUACGUCGUCCGAGGAACCCCCAAGCUAUUCAUAUAAGAUCAGCAGGAUACACUACAAGACCACUGCUAUGUAUAAGCAGACCAUAACAUGUGCCUACGACCCAAGAUCAUCCGCUAUGUAUAUAGGGUCCGGAGGCAUUCUAAUAAUAUGUCUGUUCGUCCUCCUCCCUGUCAUUAUUGAUAUAGUUAAUGUUAUGCAAACUCGUCAUAAAAGACGUCAAACUUGGAGAAAAGGUUCCAAGGAACGAAAACAUAGUCAGUGA